AUGGACACUCCUCCUACAACUCCAGGAUUAGACGCGACCGGCGAUGCCAAACCUGACACUCGCCACGCCCUCGCCUCCGUUCUGACUCCUCCAACCUCGCCACGUGUGAGUCGGUUGUCUUCCUACAUUUCGACUGUUACGACCCCUGAUCCUACGCCUCAAUCGCCAACAUUGGGUUCGCGGUCGCAAGGCCGGGGCAUGAGUCUUGAUCCUAUCCAGACGGAUCUACCCCAAAGCCGGACAGCCCCCGCGGGAUAUUUGGUACCCAAGUGUCCCUUUGACGUCGAAAUCCUCAAGGACCAGCGCGGAAGAGAUGCCAUCUUCGGCACCGGCGCAUGGAGCAUCGUCUACAAAGCCACGACGCGCCCCAAGGCAUGGUCUGCUUCAGAAUCUUUGACGCCACCACAGUCUCCUACCGUAUCCACGCCCGCGCUUGUCGCCGUCAAGACACCCAGCCGACAAGACGCGGCCAUCAUCCUCAGAAACGAAGCCAAAGUCCUCAGCUAUCUCCACAGCUUAUCUGGAAGCGAUCGAUAUAUUGUCGCCUUCCACGGCAUACUUGACGAUGCCACCCUGGUUCUCGAAGCCAUACCACUUUCACUGGAAGCGCAUAUUCGCAAACGCGCCGUUGCCGCAUCGCGCGAAUUCUCGACUUGGACCAUGAACGAACCUGUCAUCGGCAGCACCAGCACAUGGUUACAACUCGCACACCGACUCAUCUCCGCCCUCGUCUGGCUUCAUGGCGAAGCUGGCGUCGUGCACGGCGACAUCAAGCCUGGAAAUAUCCUGCUCUCGAAUAUGCAGGAGUCGGACUCUCCCACCGACGACUUGACCUUUGAUCCCAUCUACGCCGACUUCUCGUCUGCGCAGCUCCUGAUCGCUGACGAACCUACUCCCAACACUCUGUCUGCGGUGACGAGAGAAUACACGGCCCCCGAACUUCUCAAGUCAAGUGUCCUACGUGAUCCUACUUCGACUGCCACCACAGCCUCCGAUGUGUUUUCCCUCGCCGUCACUCUCCUCGUCGCUGCGACAGGUCAGCUACUCGUAUACCCUGGCAGUGUAUUCCAACGGCAACUAAUGGCAACGCAAGGAUGGAUGGUUCUCGACCACGUGAGAAACGGAGAGCAAGGCUCGAGAGUGCCUCGAAUGGGUGUGGUUGAGAGAGUCCUCGAACGAGCAGUUCUGAAGGCUGACAUGGGUCGCAUCGGUGCGCGGGAGUGGCUGGACAUCGUGGAGAGCAUGGGCAAGGGUCAGCCGAGAAAAUCAUGA